CUCGUGGCAUAAUGUGGUUGCAAAAUUUGAUUCAUGAGUUGAUAUCACAACAUGGCUACACAUGCACGUGUGAACGACGAGAUGAAUACGAUGAAUACGAGCAACGUAAGCAGACGAAAAAAUGUUAUCAAAUCAAAUGAUCAGUCUAAUGAAAGGACAGAAAACUUGGAGGAAAAGGACAGAAAAGGGGAAAGCUCCAUGGACGUUCAAACAGCUGCCUUUGCUUUAUCAAUAAUGAUCGUCGCGGGUUCGAUCCUUCGAGAAAAUGAAAUGGUUCCCGAAUCAUUUUUCGCCGACAAGCACAAUCCGUUAAACCAAAAGUUCGUCAAGUGGAGUUGGGGAUGGACACUUUGUUUUAUGACACCAUUCUUGUUGUUGCUAUCUUGGGCAAGACAUCCAGGACAAUAUUUGCAAGCAUUUCGAGGGAUCCUUCGUCUUGUAGCACUUACUGCAGCCUGGUAUUUCUGGGUAAACAUCGUGAUGGAUACUGUGCAUGAAUACUCUGGAAAAUGCAGCAUCGAGGCGCACUCUAGCGGAGGCUCAAGAGCUUGUCGCCGAGGAGGUGGGCGGUGGGACGGCUUCGACAUCUCUGGUCAUUCAUUCCUGCUGGUGCUUAUUGUCCUUACAACUCUGGAAGAGAUGGCGCCAUUUUGGCAUCUUUAUGAAUCAUCUGGAGUGCAGAUUACAUUUCAAGGCAGUACUGAGAGUCAACAAGGGACAAAGAGAAUUCCUAUAUUCAGCUUCCUUCUUGAAAUUCUCCUUUACAUUCUUGCAAUAAUAAUUUCUUUGAUGCAAUCUCUGAGUGUUCUGAUGGUCUUAGCAACCAGUUUGUAUUUUCACACAAUAAGUCAUAAAGUUAUUGGGACAGCCUUAGCUAUUAUAACUUGGUAUAUCACAUACAGAUUGUGGUUUAAAUCAAGUAGAACUUUUAGUUUACCACUGUUUUGAAGAAAAAAUGCAAAGAAAAAAAGGUUGCUUUGGGAGUUUUGGAUCUGCACAAAACAGUACCGGGUAUAAACCUUUGUGAAAUUUAAAUAAUAUCUCCUGUAAUAAGGUGGCAGAUGAAAUGUUUUUGUCUAUUUGUCAAAAAAUGUUAAUAGUUUGUUUAUACCCCCAUGUUAAUUGAUUAAAUGACAAGCAAUACAUUUUUUAUAAAAAAAAAAAGAUUGUCAAAUAUCACUAAUCACUACUGAUUUUCUUACAACUAGAUAGUAGUAGAUUACGGAGUUAGCUUUAGAAUAAUGGAAUUUCUUUCAUUGUCUAUCGUUUGGAAGACCCUGAAUCUACAGCAAGUUUACUAUAAUUUGUAGAUUAAUUUAAAGAGGUAUUCUUGAUUAUUUUAUAGUAUAUAGUUGAUUUUUGGGGUGAUAUUUAGUAAUUUUUCAUUGGAUGAGAAACAAAUCAUAAAUGUAAAAUGCCCUGAUCAUCAUGAAACAAAAGAGCAAUAGACCUGUGUCAUCACCGUUGACCUCAUUAAUUUUAUAGUCAAGUAUAGACAAGUGUUAAUUCGUUAAUUUGUUUGUUUACGUGUGAGAAUAGGCCUUAUCCAUGCAACUCUUCUGGAACAGCUUUCCGUCAGCCCUCUUAAAACUUAGUAGCAUCACUCAGAUUGAGAAAUAUGGAAUAAUUUCCCAUGAAAAUUUCAUACUUUAAUUGAGUUGAGCUUUGGGAAUUUAAGAAGGGUACUAUUGCAGUCUUAAAGACCACAAUUAUUUCGUGAGAAAGUUUUUAAAAUCAAGGUAUAUUACCACAAUGAUACAUGUAGAUCUCGAUCUGGAACAUUGAAAUCAACUCAUCUUGUGAAAUCAUACUGAUAUUUCUGAUGAUGACUAUUAACUAACACAAAAAGGCAUGUGUGGGACAGUUGCUUAACAUUGCUUGGAAAAAUACCCAUUUAUGGAGUUCUGUGCUUUUUUUGCUCAUUUCUCAGCAAUUACACUUUUUUUUCCAGAGCCAAUCGGCAAAUAUUUUUUAUUCAUACAAACACUUGGGUGGUCAUUUUAUUGGAUUCUGUUGGAACUCAUUUUCAGGACGUUGACGUUACCACAACUGGUAUUUAUCUUUCAGAAUACUGGUAUUUAAUCAGACUCUUUUUUUUUGUAAUUCAGCAAACUUAGUCUACAUGACCACAGUGUAAUAUUAAACUGAAUGCAGGUAAGCCUAAGUAUAUGUUUGAUAAUUUACUUUGUCAAUGCCAUACAUGUAUUAUAUGUGUAUAUAUGACAUAUUGGAAUAUAUUAUGGCAUAAUAAUACAUGUUUUAGUUAUUAUUUUAGUUAAUUAACUUAACAAAAUGUACAUGCAUGCCUAUUUUUUAUGAAUGUACAUCAACUUAAAAAAGUGAUGCCUAGGGUCUUUAAAUAAUUCUAAAGUGAAGUUAGACCCAAUCUAUAUUGAAAUUAAAAGAAAUUAGGAAAAAAAGGUUUUUUAAUGUACUGUAUAUAUUGGCUAACUUUUUCCUUCUUAAUCAAGUAUAUUAAUUAGGCAGAUCAUUAAUGAUUUAACUGUAUAGGGACAUUGAAAUAGUUCCAAAAGUUUGUUUUUGACAAUAAAUGAACUUUACUUUAAGUAGUGACAUUUAACUCACAAAUGCUUUAAAUGAACAAAAAUCAUGAGUUAAGCAUCACAUCAUUUUCAGCAUCCACCGGCUCCGCCAACCCUGUAACUUCAAACAUAAAUGUGCUGUAGUUUUUGUUGCUGAUAUUGUAUCGAUCUAAUUUAUAGUAAUAUAUUUAGCCUAUAGUUCUUGCUUCAAAAUGAGACCUUACACAAUAAAUUUGGCCAUGGGGCUGUGAUGUAGCUACAAUUUAUCCACAGCACUGCGUGGAAACUUGUUCAUCCGCCACCCUUUUGCAUACCUAACUUAUGAAGUGCGACCAUUUGUAAUCAAUAUCCUCUUAAAUUUGUUAUUUCUUGAACUUUAGGUAAUCCAUGUUAAAAUUGUCCAGCAUUUUGCAGCAUAAAGCAUUGAUUUCACUCCCAAUGUAUUUUAUCUAUGCAAUUUUUAGUUGACCAGAGUUUAUGAUUCACUUUGAAAUUGUAACAAUAUGGUUGAGAGAUAGUUGUUUCAGAUAUUGUUUACUGCUUGGCAUUAAUGUACACAUAUAUUCGCAAUUUGUCCUCCGGCCUUGCAAUUUGCAAAGAAAAGUCAGUAUUUUGGUGUGUGAACUGUGAACCACAUUUUUACCUCUGUUGCAAUGUACAUAGUCUGUGACUUAUUUGUGGAUUAUUAUGAUCUCAAUUAAAGAGUUUGCCAACAUAUUCUCA